AUGGCUCAGCAAGGAAACCAUCUAGCCAGGGAAGCGUUAUCUUGUUCAAUCUGUCUGGAUCUACUACAGGAUCCGGUGACUGUUCCCUGUGGACACAGCUACUGCAUGAACUGUCUUACAACCCACUGGGAUAAAGAGGAUGAAAGAAGAGACUACAGCUGCCCUCAAUGUAGGCAGACCUUCACGCCAAGGCCUGUCCUGGGGAAAAACACCAUGUUGGCAUUUUUAGUGGAGGAACUUAAGAAGACUGGACUCCAAGCUGUUCCUGCUCACUGCUAUGCUGGGCCCGAAGAUGUGGCCUGUGAUGUCUGCACUGGGAGAAAACGAAAAGCCUGCAAAUCCUGUCUGCAGUGUCUGGCCUCUUACUGCGACAAACACCUUCAGCCUCAUUUUGAAGCAGAUCUGAUAAAAAAACACAAGCUGGUGGAGCCUUCUAAGAAGCUCCAGGAGAACGUCUGCUCUCGUCAUGAUGAGGUGAUGAAGAUGUUCUGUCGUACUGAUCAGCAGGCUAUCUGUUAUCUCUGCUCUGUGGAUGAACAUAAAGGCCACGACACAGUCUCAGCUAAAGCAGAAAGAACUGAAAGGCAGAGAGAGCUCGAGGGGAGUCGACUAAACAUCAAGCAGAGAAUCCAGGACAGAGAGAAGGAUUUGAGGCUGCUUCAACAGCAGGUGGAGGCUAUCAAUGGCUCUGCUGAUAAAGCAGUGGAGCACAGUGAGAAGAUGUUCGCUGAGCUGAUCCGUCUCAUGGAGAAAAGACGCUCUGAUGUGAAGCAGCAGGUCAGAUCCCAGCAGAAAGCGGAAGUGAGUCGAGUUAAAGAGCUUCAGGAGAUGCUGGAGCAGGAGAUCACUGAGCUGAAGAGAAAUGAUGCUGAGCUACAAAUGCUGUUACGCACAGAGGACCACAACCAGUUUCUAAAAGACUGCCUCUCACUGUCAGCACUUGGUGAAUCUACACACUCAUUCAGCAUCAAGAUCUGUCCUCUGAGGUACUUUGAGGAUGUGACAUCAGCUCAGUCAGAAGUCAGGGAUAAACUACAGGACGUUCUGGGAGAGAACUUCACAAAUAUCUCACCGACAGUGACUGAAGUGGAUGUUUUAUUGUCACAUCCAGAGCCCAAGGACAGAGCCGUGUUCUUAAAAUAUUCGCGUGACAUCACACUGGAUCCAAACACAGCACACACACAGCUGUUAUUAUCCGAUGGGAACAGAAAAGCAACAUUGAUGACACAACAUCAGCCUUCUUCUAGUCACCCAGACAGAUUCACAGGUUGGUGUCAGGUCCUGAGUAGAGAGAGCAUGACUGGACGUUGUUACUGGGAGGUAGAGUGGAGUGGAUUUGGAGUAUAUGUAGCAGUCACAUAUAAGGGUAUCAGCAGAGCUGGAAGCUGGACUGAAUGUAAAUUUGGAUACAAUGACAAAUCUCAGGCAUUAUAUUGUUUCAACAACAGUUAUAACUUCUGGGAAAAAAAUGUCCACACUCCUGUCUCAGGUCCUCGGUCCUCUAGAGUAGGAGUGUACCUUGAUCACAGUGCAGGUGUUCUGUCCUUCUACAGCAUCUCUGAUACCAUGACUCUCCUCCACAGAGUCCAGACCACAUUCACUGAGCCUCUGCUUGCUGGAAUAGGGUUGUACUGGUCUCCUGGAGACACAGCUGAGAUGUGUAAACUGAAAUAG